UCGCGCAUGCCCGGUGCGCGCACGCAGUGCCGGCAGCAGUCAUGGCCGCUCGGUGUGUGCGGCUGGCGCGGCGCAGCCUCCCGGCUUUCGCGUUGUCUCUCAGGUCUUCUCCGCGGCUGCUGUGCACAGCUGCAAAACAGAAGAACAACGGCCAGAACUUGGAAGAGGAUGCGGGUCAGAAUGAACAGAAGACAGAUCUUCCCUCCAUGGAGAAGACACUCAUGGAAGAGAAGGUCAGGCUGGAAGAGCAGCUGAAGGAGACCAUGGAAAAAUAUAAGCGAGCUCUAGCAGAUACUGAGAACUUGCGGCAGAGGAGCCAAAAAUUGGUGGAGGAGGCCAAACUAUAUGGCAUCCAGGGCUUCUGCAAGGACUUGCUGGAGGUGGCAGACAUCUUGGAGAAGGCCACACAGUGUGUCCCGAAGGAAGAGAUUCGGGACGACAACCCGCACCUGAAGAACCUCUACGAGGGGCUCGUGAUGACCGAAGUCCAGAUCCAGAAGGUGUUCACGAAGCAUGGCCUGCUCCGGCUGAACCCCCUGGGCGCCAAGUUUGACCCGUACGAGCACGAGGCGCUGUUCCACACGCCAGUCGAGGGGAAGGAGCCGGGCACGGUGGCUCUGGUUAACAAAGUGGGCUACAAGCUGCACGGGCGCACCCUGAGGCCCGCCCUGGUGGGGGUGGUGAAGGAGGCUUAGCAGCCCGUGGGUUGCAGCGCUUUGUCGUAAUCACUCGCUGACUCUUCCAGGGCGGGUUCGUCUUUUCUCACCUAUGAAUACUCUUGACCUUUUCCUAAACCUUGCUGCAAGGCCCCCGCAGAAAAGCGAGCCAGUUGCACAGCUCCGUUAACAAACUGGAAUACAGGAGUCGGUCCCUUGAUUUUUAACAUGUUCCACGUGCUUAUGGAACAGGCUGAUGGGACACUGCUGGACUCUGGGGUAUCACAAAAAACACUGUGUCUGCUGUGACUCUGGUGACGUCAGAGUGUUUGGAGUAAAUAAAAGGCCUUCAGGAACCCCGUCUGCUGGCUGGCCCUGCCGGCUGCUCUGCACCCCGUGCGUCUCACUGUAGCCUGUGAGCUCCUGGGAUGCUUGGCUCCCACUCAGGCAGUGGAGGGGAUUGCUGAGGAAGGUUUAUGAUGCCCUUGGUGACAAACAUGAUUUGAGUUCUUUAUAAUCAGUAACUACCUGCCUGCCCAGAACCAUCACACCUCUACUUUGCCCGUUACCGAAGGUGACGGAAUCAGUUGCUGUUGUCCUGUUUCAUUCACCUCUGGAAAUGUUGAAAUCUGUACCCAGCUAGUGACCAGUGACCUAAAGGUGUUUCCCCUAGUAAGAUGGACUUUCCUAGAGAAACCUGAGGAUGUGCUUGCUAUAUUUUAAAUGUUACAUUUUAUUUAAGAGGAUUAAAGCCCUGAUAUUAUUUUCCUA